AUGUCUGGCUACUUCCGCUCUCGUCUCGCCCCCUCUCUUCUCCAGGACUCCUACCGCCCCUUCGCCCGAGGCCACUCUAUCGCUACUGGCUACGGUACUCGUCUCGGCGGCUACGCCCCCUCCUACCUCAACUCUGGCUCUUACCUCGGCCGGGGCGCUGCUGUCAUCGACGGUGCUUACUCUAGAUACGGUACCGGCUAUGGCUCCUACGGUGGCUAUGGUUAUGGCGGCCUUGAUGGUUUCGUCGGUCGUGAGCUGAUCGCUCCUACCGAGGUCAUCAACACCACCGUCCGCGCCAUUGCUGCUCCCACCAUCGUCGAGCGCACUCGUGAGAUUCCCGUCCCGGUCAUCGAGCGCCACAUCGAGAAUGUGCACCACCACCACCACCACGACCGUGUCGUCGAGCGUAUCGUCCGCGAGCCCGUGCACGUGCCCAUCACCGAGCGCGUCUCCGAGUCUCACUCUCACGUCAACCACCACCACGGCUCCACCUAUCCCGGUGUCCAUACUUUUCCCGGCCACAGCCACGUCCACGGGCACGUCCAUGGCUUUCAGGGCGGGCUCAACGCCACCUCCUGGGCGGGGUGGUCUGACCGCUUUCGUUCCCUCGGCUCCGACUUUGCUCUCCCCCACCUGGACCGCUUCCCCGAGCUCUUCCACACCUCCCAUUUUCGCGACACCCUCCUCGAAUACAACAACCGCUACAACCUUCUCCCUCCCUCCUCCAUCGACCGUGUCCUCUCCCUCUCUCCCGCUAGCCUCGGCGAGUACAUCGUCUCCCACGGGCACGAGUUUGGGUCUUUCACCGACGGUGGAGAGCUCAUCUUGCGAGGACACCCCGAGAGGCCCGAGUAUACCCUCGCCCUCUUGGCCUAUUAUGGUGCAUCGAGGAGGUUGGGUCAGUUAUCCUUCCCGGUUAGGUUCGCUUACGGGGACUCUCACGUGUGGAGUAAGCUCCCAACCAAGUUCCAAUCCUGGCUUCCCACACAACUUCGGCCCUAUCCUCAACCUCAAUAUGCCUAUCCUGUCUAUGACAACCAUCGAUAA